AUGCAUUCAACCAGAAUUCAUAAAGUAAUCGAUCAAAUGAUUUCUUUCUAUCAUGGUAUCGGUCUUUGGCAAGGCAACGACAUGCCGUCAGUUAGUCAACUUAGACUGAAGUCCUUCUAUUCCGUCUAUUAUCUGUCUUUUGUUUUUUCAUUAUCGAUUGGAGCAAUUACAGGCGGAACCAUAGACAAAAGUAUUUUCGUAGCGGAAAUAUCAAUUAUUUCCACAGUUUUGAUUACUAAACUUUCGAUGUUCCUUUGGAAGCAGAAGCAAAUUAUGGGAUUGCUCAAUCGAAUUUGUGUCUUCUCAAUUCGAAAUGACGAAGAGUUCGCAUUUUUCAAUGCCAAAGUGGAAAAAUUCAUUAAAUUUGUGAUUGCAUACGGAUGUGCUGCCAUCAUUGGUGAAUUGGGAUGUAUGGUAUUCCCAUUUUUUGGUAACGAAAGACUACUUAUUAUGGAUAUUGCGUUUCCAUUGGAUUGGAAAAAUAGUGAAAUCGGGUUUUGGAUGGCGUACAUUUUCUUUGUUAUCAGUUUGGUUGCCACAUCUCCUGCAAUAUCAUUUUCAAUUCUAAAUUGGUAUUUGUUGCUGCAUUGUUCCAUAAGAUAUCAAGUUCUUGGAAUGGAAAUCAUUAAGAUGGGACGAAUCACAGGUCAGGCAAAAAUAACGGAAAAGAAACGGCAAGCCAUUUUUUACCAGGACUUAGUGGCGUCGAUCGAAGCUCACGUACAUUUAAAGAGAUUGAUCGACGAACUGGAAUCAUUUUUAUCAAAUCUUUUUCUGUUGCAAUUCGCCACCAGUGGCCUAUGUAUUUGCGGUUCUAUCUAUUGCUUGGCAUUCAAUAUCAGUGACAAUUUUGUGGAACGCAUGGUUCACGUCUAUACGCUUUUCUACAACAUCGCUGAAUUGUUUAUGAUAACUUACUUCGGUAAUGAGAUUAUGUUGUCAAGCAGUCGCUUAACAUACAGUUUGUUUGAAUCGGAAUGGGUCGACCAACCACAUUCGACCCAGAAAUGCCUUAUCGUUUUUGGUGAAUAUUUGAAGCGAUCACAGGAGAUGCUAAUCGGUAAAUUGUAUCCAUUGACUUUGGAAACAUUCACAAGGAUUCUGAAAUCGUCCUACAGUUUGUUCAACAUUUUAAAAAAAUUCAAAGAUUAA